UAACCUCUAUGUCUCUAUCAUGAAAGCGUGGUGAACUGAUGAUCUGUGAUCAAAGGCAACAGAAAUCUGGGUAUUAACUUUAAUGGAAAAAAUAAAAACGUGGUAAUUUAAAAUAUUCUAAAAACGUGGAUUCAAAAAAGGAGGUAGAAAAUCGGCUGUUGCAUUACUCGUAAUAAGGUUAUGUGAGUACAUACGGAUAAUUUAAUAAUAAAGAUGCUGAAAACGCUCAGACUUGGUCACAGACUCUGCCGAGUCCAUCGUGGUUCUAAGGAUCCUGUGACGCGAGUGCAAAGAAGACUAUUCCUGUCGGAGGCGUAUCGCUGCGAGGAAGCGUGGAGUCGUAGGCUGGAGUCGCCGCUGUUACAGAAGCUCGAACCGACGUCGAUGUAUGCCCAGCUGGACCAAAAGUAUGGGGACGUCGGCAAAGUUAGCGCCGUCGACGUUGACAUCUUUGUCAACAGUGUCACUGACAAUCUGUAUGUCGAUGAGAUGAUAACGAUAUUGCAUAAUCUCAGGCAAUCUGUAGAAACGGCGAAUAUACUGGAUUCCACACAUCAUGCCGUAAUACGGUAUUUCUUGCAGCACAAUUACAUCCAAGAAUUGCUUGAAGUGCUGAAUGACAGAUUAAAUUAUGGUAUUUUUCCUGAUUAUUUCGACUACAACAUGCUCAUGGAUCACUUCAUAAAUAGGAAGGAUUAUACUUCUGCUGCAAAAGUGGCAAGUUUAGUCAUGUUGCAGGAAGACGCAGGUCAUCCUAUCACUAAUGCAUUGUGUUUAUAUGCAUGCCAUAAAUACCUAGAAAAUCCUGAUGAAUGGAAGAAACCCGAGGUUCCAGUAGAUACUUCAGAGGAAGUAAAAGUACGUGUAGAUUAUCUAAGAAAUCCAUACUUUGACGAUCAUUUUGAUCUCACUGAUCCGAAAGAUCUUGUUGGCAAGACUCUAAACUUUCAGGGAAAGCAUAGAGCAGAUGCUGUAGGGAGAUCUUGCCAGUUAAGAGGCUUGAUAUUGUAUAAGAAGUAUGACGAUGUAUUAAACUUAAUAAAGAAAUUAUUAGAGAUGAAACAAGACAAAAUAGUUUACGACGAAGUAUUUGAAUUAAUAUCAAAAGAUAACAGUGGACUCCAAGAUCAAGAUGCUGAAAAGUUCAAACUUGUGGAGGCUCAAUUGUCUAUAUUGAAGGAGAAACAAAAUCUUAAAGAAAGCUUUAUUGAAGCAAUAGAGAAUCUUAUUAAAGCGGCUAUAAACGAGGAAGCUGAAAAGGAUAUUUCUAAACAAUGUCAGGCUUAUCUCGAUUGGGAACAUAAAAGAACUUCAGUAUUAGAAGCGCAAAUGAAAGAAAUAGACAGAGAAAGAAGAAUUAAUAAUAUAAAGAAAAUAAAGGAAGAUUUAGAAAAGAGAGAACAAUUCUUGACAUUCUUUGACAAAGAGGAAGAAAAUGAAUUGGAAAUAGAAAAGAUACAGGAAAAAGAACGCAGACAAGAUGAACGUGUUCGUGCGAUGCACAAUAGUGCAAAGCAUUUAAGAAAGUUAAUCACUACAGAGUCCUACAUACCACCGGACGUUAAAAGUAAGAAAUAAAAGUGUACUAUGUAAAAAAAGGACUUGUACACAUAUGUAUAGAGGAUCAGAACAAAAUAUAGAGGAUCAGAACAAAAAAGUUGGAACUGUUGUCUCGUACUUUGAUAUUAUGUGUGU